AUGUCACCAACCAAGAAAAUGGCCUCGUCCUCGCCUUCGAUGAAGACAGCAAAAUCUGCUGCAACGAAGGCUACAGCGAUGAAAACUUCUAGCGUUAAAGCUGCCUCGAAAUCAGUACCAGUGAUGAAAAAAGAUGGAGCUGGGAAGCCAAAAGCAAAAGCGACCGCUAUGAAGAGCGAAAAGAAGGAGCUGGCGAAGCCAGACUUCUACUUGAUGAAGUCGGAACCCUUAAGCAGAUUUGAGAAAGGUAAUGCUAUUGCUAGUAAAAAUGCAUCAAUAUUAUAUAGUAUACUUUCUUAUACAGUUCUUGUUAUAUUAAUUUUGUUAAUAACAAUAGUACGAUUACUACUUUUGUGGCCGUUGUCGACACCAAUUACCAAAAUAUUUGCAUUAUGAUUCGCGGCCUCGGGGACAUAAUUGUAGUUAAGCGAGUCUCUUGCCCUUCACACGGCAUCCGCGUCAAUUUAUCUCCGCAGCUCCAUCCGGCAAAGUAUGCGAUAUGAAAUAUUCGAUAGACGAUUUGAUUGCCGAACCAAGUCAAACUUGUGAUUGGGAUGGCGUUCGAAACUAUCUAGCACGAAACAUCAUGUUAAGGGUUGGAAGUUGACCUCAUCUCGAUGAACAGCAUCGCUAUGGCAGGGCUUCUUCAAGAAGUAGGACUGACUUUAUACCUCUAGACGGGGUCGUACACUACCACUACUUCAAGGAUGAAAACCAUACAUAUGCCCCCCUGAAGAAGAGAGAGAGAGGUCAACUCUCAACCCCUAAUUAUGCGCUCUAUGAAGAAAGGAGACAAAGCGUUCUUCUACCAUUCUAAUGCAAAACCAUCAGGCAUUGUAGGCAUAGUGGAGGUGAUGCGGGAAGCGUAUUAUUUCACUUUUUUUUGUAGUAGUGAGUGUGAGGCAGGCUGGAUCCACCACGGCACUUGAUAGAAGUAGAAGGUCAGGAUCUUUGACGUUUUCAGAUUUUUGUUUUUGAUGUGCUAACUCGGACGAGUGCGUCACAUUUAUUCCUAUACACGACAGAUACAGCGAAGGGAAUAUCUGUGGAAGUUUCCCAUUACUAGUUCCUUUCGUUUAUUGGAAAUGGAAAUCUCAAAAACUUAGUAUCAGUCUACAUCUUUCGCGCAAGAAACCCAAUCUCAAUGUGGGUUUUUUUCAAGAGGUAAUUCGCUCACACCCAAUGUUAUUGUGGUUGAAAAACCCGCCCAACCACUCUGACGAAAUUAUCUUCACGAGGUAUCCCGACAAGCAGCAGUUCGACAAGGAUGAUCCGCACUACGACGCAAAAAGCUCGAAAGAUAGUCCGACUUGGGAUGCAGUGGACAUCAAAUUUGUGCGCAAGCUGAAGAGAAUCAUACCCCUCGACGAGUUGAAGAAUGAUGCAUUCCUGAAAAAGUCGAUGCAGCUAGUCCAGGGAAACCGAGCACCAAGCGUCAGUGGUGUAUCAAAGGCAGAAUGGGACUACAUCGUGGGGAAAUUGGAGGGUGCGAAAUGAAAGACAGAGACCACUGGACCAGGACUACAACAUAAAGGUCUUAGACAGAUUGUAGGACUACUCAUUUACAGAAAGGACUACAACAUAACAGGUUUGUAGUUGUAACAGAAAAACUACAACAUAAUAUAUAACAUAGAAGUACUGAACCUCAAGUUUUUGACUCACCUGGUGACGAGGGUCUAAUAUAGCUUCCGUUGUUCAGUCUAACCCGCUUCCAG